CUGUUUGAGGAUUCAUUAGAUAAUAGAGAAGAAUAUAUAAAGCGUAAUUGUUAUGGUAUUCAAAAACAAAGUUUACAAUUGGAAAGCGUAAAUUAUGAGUCAAAAAUACACCAGACCCCAGAAAAUUAUUGCGAAUUAUCUCAUAAUGAGAACAGUGUUAAAUCGAAUGCAAAUGAAGACAUUCCUAACAUAAAUCUUGGAUUUGAUAUUUCUGUCCAUCAAAGUAUUUUAUCUAAAGAUCGCCAGACGGCUGAACAGAAUGAACUGUAUGUGGAUGAAAAUUUACCUCCCAAUAAACAGCAUCGCGAGGAAAGAAGAAAUUCCUUGUCAUCUGCUUCCAGUCAUACAUCACAACGUGAUUUUUCUCCUGCCUCUGACCAUGAUCCUACUUACAUACCGUUAGAAUCAUCCAGCUCCAAACAUCUACGGCGGUCAAACAGUUCUUCUUCAAGUUCAUCGUCCUGUACUACCACAUCCAGUUCCUCGUCCUCUUCCAGUUCUUCGUGUGAAAAUCCUAGCAGAGACAAUCAAGUUCCAUUGUCGGCCACAUUGACUGAUGCACAUAUUUGCGAAAAAAGCAACUGCAUCCAAGACUGCAGGCAAACUAUUGUCACACAUACGUUAGACACAAACAUCAGCGUGUCAGUUUCUCGGCCAGAGAGCUCAUUUAACCCCAUUAUAGAAAAAGGUAACAAGCUUUGUCGGCAUAAUUAUAAAAGAGGAAACAAUAAGAAAAAGACUGCACAGACUUUAAGAAAUUUAGGAAAGCAGUACAUGUCUUCAUCUUCGAAAAUUGUUGGUGAAAGAACGAUGAGUAGACCAUGUAAUGAAAAAUGUCGGCUUAAAUGUGGUGAGAAUAUUACUGAAGAAGAUCGAAAAAAAAUUUUUGACGCAUUUUGGAAUUUAGGCUCUUUAGUUCGUCAAAGAGAUUUUAUUGCUAUGAAUUUAGAAACCGUAGUUCCUAAGUAUCAGUACAAAAGGCUGAAUAGUAACAGGAAACCAAAGAAUGCUUUUCAUUUCGUGGUAAAUGGCGAAAAACUUAGAGUGUGUAAGAUAUUUUUUAAAAAUACUCUUGGUAUCAAUGAUCGACCUAUUAGAACGGUUUUGGACAAGAAAAACGAGCAAGGUAUAAUAGUUGGUGAACAAAGGGGCAAACACAAUAAUAAAAAAAGAAUUUCUGAAGAGGCUCUCAAUGAAGUACGAUGUCAUAUUAAUAGCAUACCCAGGAUCGAGAGCCACUAUUUGCGUAAACAAACUUCUAAGGAAUUUAUUGACGGUGGAAAGACAUUAUCUGAGUUAUACAGGGAUUAUAAAGCUGAGUGUAUAGAAAAAAAUAUACCAUUCGUAAAAAUACACAUAUAUAGAAAAGUUUUUAAUACAGAAUUUAACAUUAGCUUUUUCGUACCGAAAAAAGACCAAUGUGAUCUAUGUACAGCAUACAAGAAUGCGGAUAUAAAACAAGAUCUUGAAGACAAAUACCAAACUCAUUUAAAGGAAAAGAAUGAAAGUAGAUUAGAGAAGGAAAAGGAUAAGAAGAUAAAUGAAAGCAUUGUAUCUUGCUACGACUUGCAGGCGGUCAUGACUGUACCUAAAGGAGAAAUAUCAGUCUUUUAUUAUAAAAGUAAAAUAAAUUGUUUCAAUUUUACUAUUUCUGAACUGAGAAAAGAUCACACUGAAUGUUAUUUUUGGACUGAAGUAGAAGGCCAAAGAGGAGUUAAUGAAAUAGGAACUUGCGUGCUGAAAUACUUAGAAAAAAUGUCUUCAUUACAUCCAGAUUCUGAUUUCAUAUUUUAUUCAGAUAAUUGUUGUGGUCAACAAAAAAACCAAUUCAUGUUUUCUUUAUAUUUGUAUGCAUUAAAAAAUCUGCCGAUAAAAUCCAUAAUCCACAAAUUUCUAGUGAAAGGUCAUACACAAAAUGAGGGUGACGCAGUCCAUUCGACUAUUGAGAGAGAAAUUAAAAAGCUCUUAAAAUCUGGUCCAAUUUAUGUUCCCGACCAAUAUAUUGCAGCAAUAAAGAAUGCUCGGAAAAAGGGAAACCCAUACAUUGUAAACGUGAUGAGUCAUAGAGAUUUUUAUGAUAUUAAAUUACUUUCUGAUAAUAAUCUUUUAAAGAAUACGGAAGGUGAAAAAAUUAAGAUAGGCGAUAUUAAAAUUAUUAAAGUAGUAAAAUAUCUAGAUGAACAUUUUAAAGUUAAAAUGUUUUAUAAGAAUUCUUACUUAGAACAGAAUUUUAAAGAGAUUAGACUUGAAACUAAUAGGAUAGCUACUCGCAGACAACAGUCAUCACAAAAUAGGGACCAAGAUUACAAUGUCAGUUAUCAACUAAAACCUCUUUACAGUGCUAAACUUCCUUUGGCUGAAAGGAAGAGAAACGACAUCAAAUCGUUGAUUGAACAAAAUCUCAUUCCCAAAUAUUACGCAUCUUCCUAUUUUUAUAAUAUUAUUUAA